CGUCAUGGAUAAUAAUGAAAAAAUAUCAGCAACUUAUGAAAGUGAAAAUACAUCUACUUCCCAAAAAAGAUCCUAUGAAUUUCAUAGGAUCCUCGGCAUCUUAACGGGGAGUGGAUUCUCCCUUAAUAAUAUAAUUGGCAGCGGAAUCUUCGUCCUACCGGGUGAUGUAUGGCGGUUGACAAAAUCGCCAAUUGUUGCCAUGGCCUUUUGGGUAAUUGGUGGAAUUGGCAGCCUUCUAGGCUGCCUGAUCUACACAGAGCUUGGUUCUAAGUUUCCUCGUGGAGCGGGGGAGCUCCGCUAUUUGGCGGAGGCAUUUCGCCACCCCCAUCAGGUUAUCACCCGCACGUUUUGUUUUGCCAUGAUUUUUAUAAUUCGUCCUACGGCGAUUGUCGGGGAUACAUAUGUUUGUGCACAGUACCUUUUAUACCUCAUACGAGGUGAAGGUAAUUCAACGGAGUAUUUAAACCCCGACGGAUUUUUCACCAACCCUGAUUUCUACGGUUGCAACAACCGCUUAACCGUGUAUAUAAAUCAAACAUUUGCAAUUUUUAAGGUUGCAGCGUUGUUUUCUUUCGCUAUUGCAGGGAUAAUAAUUGGCGCACAACAAAUUGGCGAAAAACAAAAUCAGGGCACAAACGUGUUUAAUAAUGGCACAAUAAAUAGUAAUAAAACUCUUGUGGAAAGCAUCGGAAGUUAUGGCGACGCCAUGAUAAAGGUUUUAUAUACAUACGAAGCUUUUAUAAUGACGGUAAACCCUGCCGUCGCAACUUCUAACUAUAGUGGUGACGCCAGUAAAGUUAUUGGUAUAUAUUUUGGGGAAUAUAUUGGUAAUAAAAUAGGAAAUAAACUUGUUUCUACUUUUAUUGCCAUCUCUUCCUUCGGGGCCGUUGUUUAUUCCUCAAUAGAAGAGUUUAUACCUGGGGUAUUUGCCCAAUGGGGGUUAAAAAGGUUCACCAAAUGGAGUUUCUUGUUUAAUACACCGACAAUAGCCCUAAUUGCACAAUUCUGUUAUUGUGCGGUUUUAAUUUUGUUCUUUCCAACAGGAACGAGCUUCUUUAUAUUUUUUGCUAAUAUAUCGCUGUACCUAACGGCCAUUUACUACGGUGUCAGUGCUGUUGGAUUAAUUACUUUGCGAGGCAAAUUUAAGGGUGUUGGCUUUAAAGUACCGUUCAAUUUACAUAUAUUCUUUUUGGUAUUCAUUAUUUUAGUUGCAAUUGCAACACUUUUCCCACUUCCUGCGACAGAAGAAAGACCUUUAUAUUAUUUACCAUAUAUUGUGUCUUGGUCUUUCAUAAUUACUGUAGGCGUGUUAAUUUAUUUGUAUAAAAAUUAUAAAGCCAAACAACAACAACAAUUUCAACCUAAUUUGCAAGACGGUGAGAGAAUUAAUUCUUCUGUCUUUGCCUAA